AAUAUUGUGCUGUGCAUCAUCCCAGCACUUGUGUAUCCGAAACAUGUCAACUUUGUCUUACAGAAAUUCUCUCCCACCUUCUUACUGCUUCCUCUGUGAAUACCAUAUACGUUGGCUUAUGUUUAUAGACAAUAGUUUAACUUGUUGGACUUAUUUUAAAACAGUUAAAUAAUGCCCAAGAAUAAAGUAAACAAGAAAAGAGGAGGAGGGAAAUCUCAGGAUGGAGCCACAAUGCCACCGCCUCGCCAGAGAAAUGAAGAUGAUGAUGAUGAAAGUUUGGAUCAAUGGAGUACUCAGAGUGUUUUGUCAGAGAAUUCAAGUUGUCCAGGCUCAAUUACAGGUGAAGAAUCUUCUGAAGAAACAUCUCAGCAAGAAAUGUUUGAAGAGAAAUUUUCAGAGUUUAUGGAUGGUCUUCUAGAAAAAAGUGUCAAGUCACGUAUGACUGCUUUACAGGGUAUCCAGAAAUCACUGCAGAAAAAAUAUGUUGCUGAAUAUCUGCUUGACAGAAAAGAAACACUGACAGAGAACCUUGUAAAAUGUCUGCGCAAGAGUAAAGGUGAAGAGCUAGAGUUGGUAGCAGCUUGCUUAAGCUUAGUCUCUGUCCAGCUGGGUUCUGAGGCCUGCUCCUUGUUUGAGUGUAUACAGCCAGUUCUUACUACCUUGAUGACUGACAAUUCAACACCUUACAAGUCAAGAGGGGCGUGUGCAACAACACUAGCUACUUGCUGCUUUCUUAGUUCUGAUGAUCUUGAGAAAGCCAAAUCUUUGACCAAUGCCCUUGAAGACAUUUUUUGCCUGGGCUAUGGCAAGGGAGAGAAUUCCCCAAGUGUUACACCUGAGCUGAGCUGGUUGAUGGGUCAAGCUUUGAGUGCAUGGUGUCUUCUGUUAACUGUAGCACCCCAAUAUGAAGUCCAGACACACAUAAUGAAACACCUGGGCUUACUGCAAGAUCUACUUAAAAAUGCUGACGUUGACCUCAGAAUUACAGCUGGAGAAGCAGUUGCACUGUUGUAUGAAUUGGCAAGAGAAACCAAUGAGGAGUUUGAACAUGAAGACGAGACAAGCCUAUUCGAACUAUUGAAACAGCUGGCCACAGACUCAGUAAAACACAGAGCAAAAAAAGACCGCCGCCAACAAAGAUCAUGCUUUAGGGACAUACAGCGCUAUAUUGUUGAUUUUGAAUGUACCUGUGAGACCGUGAAGCUAGGCAAGGAGAAUGUUCUGGAGUUGAAUAGUUGGGCACAGAGACGACAAUAUGACACAUUCUGUCAUGUGUUGAUGACAGGCACUUCCGUGCACAUGAAGAUGAAUCCUAUCUUACGUGACAUGUUUGAUCUUGGAGUACCAGGGGUAGAUGACUACAGCCACACGAGGUCCCUUUCCAAAGCACAAAGGACAUUCAUUAACGCUGCUGCCUUUAAAGCCAGGACUAAAGCUCGUGCAAAACACAGAGAUAAAAGGGCAGUUACUGCAAAUGGUUUUUAGUCAUUUUACUUUUCUAGACAGGAAGUACUCUACCUUGUGAUCUGGGUUAACUUUUAAAUACAUUGAUUUCAACAUCUCAUUAUCGAGAAAAUAUUUAUGUAAGUCAUGUAUUAACAAGCAUUUCUGGUAUAACUUGAUGUAAGGUUCUUAAAACAUGCUUCUUGUUAAAAAGACCUUGGAUUAGCUGUCAUUAACAGAGGAAGAACAUUUAAAUUAUUUUAAAUAUUCACUGCCAGUGAAAUUGCUCAACUUUAUCAUCUAAUAAAAUAGAGAGAUUUUUAUUUCUAAUAACUAUUGAUUAUUUCUCUUUCUACUCAUGCUGAGUAUUCAGAUUUUUAUUCAUUUUUUUAGUUGUUUUUUUUUUUCAGUACAGAUUGGGACACUGCAAUAAAAUAUGCAACAAAAAUGAAUAACAAAUCUAUUAUGUUAUCAUUUUUACAAAACAAGUUUUAAAUAUUAAUUUUCAUUUGUUUAUUAUUUCUGUUGCUGUUUAGAAUUUGGUUUCUUUUGUCUUGAUUGUAAAAUUGUUUUUGUUAACUUGAGCUUAGGUAAAAAAAAACAACAAGAAGCUAAUAGUGUGGUAUUUAUUACUGAAAUUAUUAUUUUAUCAAACUUUCUAAAGCAUAAUUUCAUUUUAAAAUAAUAAAAAUUUAGAAGUUUCUUCAUUGUAUUUGUUGGAUGGUCCCAUGAAAUGGAAAGUGUUAGCAAAUCUGCAUGGCAAAGUUAGUUGUGGCCACUUUGUGGUCAGUCAUCAAAAUGGAUAGAUAUUUUUUUUUCUUAAAAAAAGGGAAAAACAAUUCCUUCAAAGAUAGGUCUAGUAGAAUGGUGAGCCCAGAUUGAAAAGAGUUAAGGGUAAUUGUGAUUGUACUUCACUGCAUCAGAGUUGUCCUGUUUCUGAUUGCUUCCAGUGCGCUUAUGUGGUACAGAGAAUGAAAACACUUGUGUUGAUAGACUGUAGAUAUGUGAUGGUCCCCAAUUGGAAACACUGCUUUUGAUGUUUUUAUUUCAUUUAUUCUAAGAUUUAUUUCUCUGGCCUAGAAGAUUUAUUUAUAUAUAUAUAUAUUUAUUGACAAAUGAGUGAUGUGUAUCCUGAUAGUGUAUCUGUACAUAGUCCUAAACAUUGUAGCCAUUAUGUAUGUGUGUAUGAGUAGAAGUGUGUUGUACAGGAUUAACCACUGUCCACUUUUAUUGCAUAGGGAUCACAUCCAUUCCUUUGAUGCAAGUCUAGUGGUGCAUAGUGUACAUAAAAUGUAAUAGUUUGGAUUGUUGACUAUUCUGUAAUCAGCCAAGCUCCAUGUCUCCCCAUCCUAGUUUGAAUGAUAGUGUGUCAGAGUCAAGCACAUUGGUGCAGUUCUAAUUUCAUUGGGAUAUGGGAUGGCAAAUUUCAUUAGCUAGUAAAUAUAAAGUGGUCAAACUAGUCUAACCAUUAGAUAAAUGUAGACCUAGUCCUAAGUUGACUAAAUGUUUUAAUCCAUGAUAAAAUCUCAAUUUUAUGCACAUAGGCUGACAUCAUUUCUUGUAGUUUGUUUUAUUGAAUCCUUUUUUUCUUCUUUUUAUUAAUUUUUCUUUAAAACUGUCCUGAUAAUGAACAGUGUUUGCCAUUCAGUGAGACAAACAAUUUCUGCUUUGACCACUAAAUCAGAAGACAAAGGAAGCAUGAUACUGUUAGCUAGGCUUGUUAGAAUUUCACUACUGACUUGCAAUUACACUUUAUGUGUACAUGUUUGUAUUCCAUUGAGGGCAUAAUAAUCUACAACCUGUGUAUUUCAUUAUAAUUACAUGCUUUAAUCUAGUUGAUGACAUUGUAUGUAUGUGCUGUACAAGUUUACUAUUGACAAAAAUAUGCAAUUUCAUAGUCACCAAAUACUAAGUCUACAUCAUCUGAUUAUGUCUGUUGGUUGUCGGUUCCUGGUUUGGUAAGUUAUUAAUAUGGAUCAUUGUUUCUGCAUUUUUAAUGAGCAAAUAGAGGCAGCUUUGGUGGAUUUUUAAAAUUUCAAGUCUUCUUCCUCCUUCUCAUUUUUAUGUUGGGGUGUUCAGGUGACUAGACCAAUAUGAGAUGCCAUAUAGUUUUCUUUCUAUUUGGGGUGUUUUGGAGCAAGUGUCUUGCUCUGGCCUCUUGGUAAAGAAUGCAGUUUUGAAUUUCAACUCUGAUCUGACUUGAAAUAGACUCUCAGAUAAUCUGACUACAUAAUAUCACAAGCCCAAAAAACUGCAUCUCAACGUUUAGCUUUAGACAGAAAAUUGUAUUGUUUCUUUGGUAAACUUUCUGUCCUUUACCAGUCAUGCCCCCUUCACUUGUCUGCUGCUGCCACUACAUUUGGCAUUCUGGGGAAGUUUUUUUUUUUUUUUUUUUGAUCAUACAUUGGCAGUAAUGAGAUGUUUUUUGUUUCAAAAUAUUUGUAGUGUUGUAUGCAAAUAAGAUGACGUUUGUCUGUAUGCAUGCAUUGCUUUCAACUUGUAUUACAUUUUUUUUCUGAACUAAUUUUUAAAAGAGUUGUGAAAUGUAUUUUUAGUUGUAAAUAUGACAAUAUAUAUAUAUAUAUAUAUACAAGCAUUAGUCACACCUCCUUUUGAGUUACCUGAUCUCUCAUAAUACAAAAGGAGCUACUAAAGAAAAAGUCUUUUACCUAGAAGUAAAAUUCUGUGACUUAGGUAUCUAAUGUCCGACAUCUAGGAGGUUUCUAAAUAACUCACCAUUGGAUACUAUUUCCCCUUGUUUGAUCUGUAUGUGUGUAAAUACUGAAACUAAAAUUGAAAAAAUGAUUGACAUUUGUAUAGGGUACUUGACAAGAGUACAUGUUUGUUUCUGACACCAAUUUGUGAAUGUUUGUGUGGGAUGUGUAGGUGUAGAGAUGUGUGCUGGAUGGUUUGAAGUGUUAUUAGUGCGAGCUUCUUGAUGCUUGAAAAUAAACUUUUUCUCUUCCA